GUCUCUCCCGGCCCGGUGUGGGGUGGGAUCGGAUCCGGAGCGGCUGUGCUGGAAGGAGAAGGUGUCCGGGAGUAGAUCGGACCCCCCUUCGGGCGGAGUGGACAACAUCCUCCAAAUGAUGGACGACAACAAGCAGCUGGCGCUCCGCAUCGAUGGGGCCAUCCAGUCCGCCAGCCAGGAGGUCACCAACCUGCGUACCGAGCUGACCGCCACCAACCGGAGACUGGCCGAGAUCAACAGCGGGGGGGAGAGCAUGGAGAACCACCAGCACGGCACCACAGGUCUGGAUUACAGCAACAUGAAGAUGAGCCGGUCUGGUACGUUGCAGAGUCAAGAAAAAUACACGAACGGCUUGCUGCUAAGGGAAGAGGUAUCACAACUGCAGGAUGAGGUCCACUUGCUCCGACAAAUGAAGGAAAUGCUAGCAAAAGACCUGGAAGAGUCCCACGACAGCCGGUCGGCGGAAGUUUUGUCUGUUACGGAGCUGAAGGUGCAACUGGUGCAAAAAGAGCAGGAGUUGGCCAGGGCAAAGGAGGCAUUACAAGCCAUGAAGGCAGAUCGCAGGAGAUUAAAGUCGGAAAAGGCCGACCUGGUGAGCCAAAUGGAGCAGCUGUAUUCCACCCUAGAAAGCCGGGAGGAGCAACUACGUGACUUUAUUCGAAAUUAUGAGCAGCAUAGAAAGGAGAGUGAAGAUGCAGUUAAAGUAUUAGCAAAGGAAAAAGAUCUUUUAGAACGGGAGAAGUGGGAGCUUCGUCGCCAGGCCAAGGAGGCAACAGACCACGCCAGCGCCUUGCGAUCGCAGUUGGAUUUAAAGGAAAAUCGAAUCAAAGAACUUGAAGCUGAACUUGCGAUGAUUACAAAGUGUGUUGCUCAGAGAAGGGAAUACCGCGUUUUUGAUCACUACAUUGAAAAGGAGCCCUCCUCAAGAGGGAUAGCGGCCAAGCAGUCCUUAGCGACCCUAACGAAAGAUGUCCCCAAGCGACAUUCCCUUGCCAUGCCAGGUGAAACCGUCAUCAACGGGAACCAGGAAUGGGUCAUGCACGCCGACCUCCCGCUUACUGCAGCCAUCCGACAGAGCCAGCAAACGCUUUACCACGGGCACCCUCAGCAUACCGUAGACCGGCAAGGUGUCAGAGUAAGUCCUUGCCAUUCUCGGCAACCCUCAAUCAUAUCCGACGCAUCCGCCGCGGAUGGUGACAGGUCGUCAACACCUAGUGAUAUCAACUCGCCAAGGCACCGAACGCAUUCCCUCUGCAAUUCUUUAGAAGAUCUUGAAGACCAGAAGAGGAAGAAAAAAAAGGAGAAAAUGGGUUUUGGGUCCAUUUCAAGAGUCUUUGCACGGGGAAAACAAAGGAAAUCCUUAGACCCCGGUUUAUUUGACGGUACCACACCUGACUAUUACAUAGAGGAAGAUGCGGACUGGUGAUUAGCUGUGGAUCAGGCAUUUUCCAUGUGUGUACUUGUGAGAGGGUGUACGAACCCGUUUACAGAACCAAGUCAAGUGAGCCUUUUACUCUGUCGGGUCAUAGGGAGUUUUUUUUUUUUUAAUUGCCGCAUCGCUAAUUUUGUAAUUGCUGUAAAUAGAGAAUGAGAUGUGUGUAAAAAUGUUCAUUGUCCGUUUAGCGAUGCCGGUGUAUUGUAAAAAUUGUCUUUACUGGAUUUCAUUUUGUAAGGUUUAUUCUGUUGGGUUAUGUUUUUUUUUGUUUCUUUUUUUUUUUUUUUUUGUUUCUCUUUUUUUAAAACUUGAAAAACUGCUGUGUAUUUGUAAAUAACAAGAGAAAAAAAAAACCUGUGCACUUUGUGCUUGUAGUGUCUCGUCCUGAACGCUGUUUUCUUGAGCCCAUGGUGUAACGCAUUCUGUACUUUGAGACAUUUCGAGUGACAUUAUCCUGUUACAGGGGUGUGCCAGCGUUUUUGUACAAAAGGAAUUCUAUACAGAAUCUUUAUUUCGGAAAGCCUGCCAGACUUUCGCGGAUGAAGUACCAGAAUGUACCUGUUUCUUAGGCAUCUCGGGCGGCAGCCAUUUCCAUAGUCGCAAACCCAUGACCCCUAAAGCCCCCUACGUGGGCAGAGCCAAUGUUUUCGGCCAAGCCGGUGACACCUGGGGCAGAAAAUAACCGACCACCACCUACUCCCCUUGUCUGCACAUCAUCCGUACACAAGAUGGCUGCCGCCACACAGAGUGUGAGUGACAGGUGCACUUUUACCUUUUAAUGCCUGCCAGACAAAGUUUUAUUUCACUUCUAUCCUUUUAUGUUUUGUAUUUUUUUAUUUAUUUGCAUAAAUGCACAAAGUUGUUAUAUCUAAAUUAUAAAGUAAAUAUUGAAGUUCUAUUUUUCCUA